AUGGCUAGGACUAGGCAAACAACUCCACAAACAAAAGAGGAAAGGCUUAGACAAAAACGGGAAGCAGAAAGAAGGAGGUAUUACCGCUUAAAACAGGAUCCUGUCGGAAGAGAGCAACUCAGGCAAAAGGAAAUCGCCCAAUACUUGAGAAAAAAGGAAAAAGAAGUCAUAAAACCCAUUGAAGACCUAAGUGAAAGGGACAGAAGAAAACGAAAACAAUGGAGAGAAUAUUCUCAGAAGUACAGAAACAAGAAAAGACAGAUAAGAAUGGAAAAUGAACGUCUAGUACGUAGAAUGCAUGAAGACACGCCACCGUUGUCAGAAGAAGAACGAGAAAGUCUACCUACUACGCCUGAAAAUCACCAAAGGGUUUCGGGAAAAAGAAGGUACGCAACAAAUAAAAGGAGAAGCCGUGAAAACAAAUACAAACACGAAUUAAUCAAGAAGCUGCAGCUUAAAGUACAAAAAUAUAAGCAAAGGUAUCAUAGGCUGAAAAACAUAAAAUUAAAUAAAAAUGAUCCAUCCUCACCCAGAGGCAGGGCCAUACAAAUACUGGAUGAAGAUAAAAAAAUAGUCGAAAAAAAAUUGCUUUUUGCUGAAGUAAUGUCCGACCAAUUAAAACAAAAUUAUGAAAAGAUAAAUAGCACGAAGCAAAAGCAAAUCUUUAGAAAUGUUACAAUGAUCUUCAUAGCAAACUAUGUCCAGGAAAAAGAGACUACUGCAAGAGAAACAAGGUGA